CCUUGACAGUGCUUGGGUGAUGUGACUAAUUUUUCGACUUGUAUAUGUGUUUAGUUAUUUUAUUUAUGCAUCUAUAGCAUGAAGCUAUGGAACAGAUGAAGAUUGAAUAAAAAAUAUUACGUCACAAUACAAUCAAAACCCGAUAUGAAAGUUGCAGUGAUAUCAUAUUUCAUUCUGGCCAUAAUUUCCUGCUGCCAUGGCAACCAGAAAGAUGAUCCCGAUGCAUAUUUGAGCCGUUUCAUUGCUGACUUGUGGCUGGAAGGCGCUGAUGUAAUACGAAUUAUAUGGAGAGAUUGUUCUAAAAAACUAGUCGAAGUAAAAGAUGUUAUCGACCAUAAGGAAUACUUUCCAAAAUUCAUUAGGUGUAUGAAGAGGAAGACAUUACGAGCUUUGGAUCGCUCAUUGACUCCUGACAUUGUACCUAUAGCUGAGGGAGUCAAUUUGGUACGAUUUGAGCUUGUUGACCGAUCCGGUAACAUUAUGGCUGAAAAUGACACGAGUUCAUGGACAGAUAAAGAGCUUGAGGAAGAAGAAUGGAGAACUUUAGCUCUUCGACGCAUGGCUAAAGUGCUACGAACUCACGUCAUAAAAUUUGACUUUGAAAACGAGAAAUCUAUUGAAAGCGGACUAUCAGUUGAAUAUCGGGGCAGACGACGACAUCAAAUGAUGACAAUGAUGAUGUUCGGUAUAGUGUCAAUUGGAAUGGUUUUAAUACCAAUGGGCUUCCAGUUCUUGGCCGUUCUUGGCGGAAAGGCACUGCUCUUAGCUAAAAUGGCGCUCAUUCUGGCUUCUAUUCAAGGACUUAAAAAGGUAGACAAUAAUAACGAUGGGUAUCAUGAAAGGGGAAAGAUUGCUUCAAGUCCGGUGAAUUAUGGCUUCUAUCAUUCAUAUCAUCCAUACGAUUACUACGAAAAACGAAGUCGAGACAAUUGGCCACCACCUGCUAUCAUGCCUGGAACUCCACCUCCAGCACUAUCAGUAACUCAGUGGCCCUUAGAUUCUGGAGUCGUUAAAAUUGAUAGAACAGCUUUAGCAGACACAACAGAAGUCGUACAAGAUAAAAAGGACGACGUCAUAACUUGGAAGCCCGAACUAAUCAAAACAACUAAGGGGGAAAUAGAACCAAGGUUAUAUCCAGUGUAUACAGCAUCCCAAACUCCAUCUGUCUUUACUGCAAUUGAUUCUCCUGGCUCUCUUAUAGAUCUAACAACAAGACCGGGUGAAGUCCAAGCUGAUUAUACUAUAGAUUUACCCUAUAAUGGAUUUCGUUUUCAAACUCCCACUACUGUCAUUUCAGCUUGAUGUAUUUGUACAACUAUUUAGGGCAUUGUUCGAUAUAGUUGUUAAUAUUUACUCUUAUUUAGCGCAGGUGCUAUAUCCAAAGAGACAUGUUUUUUAUUCUACAUAUGGAUAAUUUAGCGGAAAAGAAAUAAUUACAAAAAUUUAAAUUUCUUAAGAAAUUAAAUGUAUUCAAUAUAGUUCAUUAUAAAUUUGUUUAAGACAAUAUUAAAAAAAGAUUGUUGUAACUACUGUUACAUUAACUAUUUCUACCGCUAUUGUAUGUUUGGUUAUAAUCUGGUAUUUACUUUGGUAUUCUA